GUGAAGAUGAUCACCCAUCCUGCCGUGAGAACAGUAUGGGAAGCCUUCCAACAAGGGUUAUUGAUGUCGGUGAUGGAACAAACCCACCUCGCAUAUAUAGUUCAGCCGCGGAACUUGAACCUUAUGCCGCGCUGUCUUACUGCUGGGGUCAGGGGCAGAAUCUUCGCCUGCUCUCCACGAAUCGCGACAAAUUCCACAGCGGUAUCUCUCUUUCCCUGUUGCCGCGUACUAUAGCAGAUGCUAUUACCAUAACACGAAGGAUGGGAGUGAAGUAUCUGUGGGUGGACGCCCUUUGUAUCCUACAAGAUUCGGUAGAAGACCUCGAAAAAGAGCUCUCUUGUAUGGGUGACAUCUAUGCGAAUGCAAAAUUCACCAUUGCUGCGAAGGACUCCACAAGUUCAGUGGAUGGCUGCUUCCGACAGCGGAAUUGGCCGACUAGCGCGAUUGUCCCAUUGGACAUUCGCUUGCCAGGGAAUACCAUACUAAAAGAACAUGGGACGCGCGGUUGGACAUUGCAAGAGGAACUGCUAUCCCGCCGAAUGCUCAACUGCGGCAAGGAUGAGCUUAGUUGGAACUGCUUAGAAUCCAAAUGUAGCGAGCGCCUGCCUGAGGAGGAGGAUAGCCGAACCGCUCACAGAUUUCAAUCUGCAUUCAGACGUGUUCUGGUCACAGGUAUUGAAGGGUACGGAAAUCUGAAUUCGGUCGACGAAGAGGACCUUUUCAAUUACUGGCUCGAUACGGUUGAAAACUACAUGCGACGAAUAAUUUCUGAUUUAAAGGAUAAGCUGGUCGCUGUGGCGGGCGUACAGGGAGCGAUUGGGAAGAUAUUGAAGGACGCCCCAGUUGCUGGUAUCUGGCGAGAGCGCUUCUUCGCAUCAAGUCUCUUGUGGAGAAUCUCCAACAAGACAUCCGAUACGGACAUUGAACCGUUCCGCUGUCCAUCUUGGAGCUGGGGUUCUGUAUCACGGCCCGUAGUCUUGGAAGUCCUCCCUCGCAACGCCAGCGCCUUUGCCUGUGCUAUCAUACAAGAGAUACGGUGUGAGAUCCGCAUUACAAGUCAGCGCUUGAUGCAGCGUGGAGAUGCAGUGAUCGGCGUGCUUUCGAGCAACUGCCGGUGA